CCGGAUCCGGGGCAACCUUACCACCAACCAUGCCUUCUAUCCGCCGUUUUACCACUUGCGUUCCUCGACGAGCUCUCGGCGACCUCGCAAAGUCUGCAGUAACACAACUUUCCGAAUGGCAGGGUACCUCCGUUGAGGGUGGGACCACGAAGAACUUCAUCGGUGGUCAAUUCGUCGAAAGCAAUACGAAUGAGUGGAUCGACGUGCUUGACCCCUCUACGCAAACACUGCUCUCACGCGUUCCGCAAACGACCUCAGGCGAGUUCCAGCAGGCUGUCGACGCUGCCUCGGAUGCCUUCAAGUCGUGGAGCCGAACGAGUGUCUUGAGACGACAGCGAUUCGCUCUCGAACUCCAGCAUUUAUUGCGUCAGAACGCGGACGCCAUCGCGAAUAGCAUCGUUCUGGAACAGGGAAAGACAUUCGCAGAUGCCCACGGCGACCUUCUUCGAGGGCUUCAAGUCGUCGAAACGGCGACCGCAAUAACUACGACCCUUCUGGGUGAAAAGAUGGAGGUCAGCAAGGAUAUGGACACGGAAGUUCGAAAGCUUCCGCUCGGAGUCUGUGCAAGCAUCGCGCCGUUCAACUUUCCGGCGAUGAUCCCGCUCUGGUCCAUCCCCAUGGCCGUUGUAACCGGGAACACGCUCAUCCUUAAGCCGUCUGAACGUGAUCCGGGCGCGGCUAUGAUCAUUGCCGAGCUUUGUCAGCGGGCAGGGCUUCCAGAGGGUGUUCUGAACAUCGUCCACGGCGGUGUCCGCACAGUCAACGCACUCUGCGAUGAUCCUGCCAUCAAAGCCAUCAGCUUUGUGGGUGGUGAUCGUGCUGGCCGCCACAUCUACGACAGGCAAAGCGACACAGAAUGGCAAGCGCGUUCAGGGACCAAGGCCAAUCUUGGUGCCAAAAACCACGCCAUUCUCAUGCCCGAUGCAAACCGCAAUCAGGCCCUCAAUUCCAUCAUUGGUGCUGCAUUCGGAGCCGCUGGGCAACGCUGCAUGGCGAUUUCUGUGGUCCUGCUCGUCGGCGAAGCCCAGUCAUGGCUUCCCGAGCUCAUUGAACGUUCCAGCAAGUUGAAGGUCAACGGUGGCUUCGAAGCGGGUGCCGAUUUGGGGCCUCUGAUAUCGCCUGCUUCGAAAGCUCGAGUGACUGGUUUGAUUGCCUCGGCUGACGAGGAAGGUGGUAAAAUCCUUCUCGACGGCCGAAAUGUUCAGGUCCCUGGGUACCCUGAGGGGAACUUUGUUGGUCCCACGAUCAUCAAAGGCGACGUCACCAUGAAAUGCUAUCAGCAAGAGAUAUUCGGGCCCGUGUUGACAGUGAUCGCAGUCGACACGCUGGACGAAGGCAUUGAAAUCAUCAACAAGAACCGAUAUGGAAACGGCGCUGCCAUCUUCACCCAGUCUGCACAGACUGAGGUGAACGUUGGGCAAGUCGGAAUCAACGUGCCGAUCCCCGUUCCACUUCCCAUGUUCUCCUGGUCCGGUAACAAGGGCAGCUUCCUGUUCGUUUCUCUUGAUAUCGGACGUAGGAGCCCGGAUCUGACCUUGGUACAGCGGAGAUAUUCACUUCUACGGGAAGAAUGGCAUCAAUUUCUACACCCAGAACAAGGUUCGUCAGUUCUUGUGCUUGAUAAGGAAGCACACUCCAUGUAUUGCAGACCACAACUUCACUCUGGAACUCGGAGGAUGCGUUGGGAACUCGGGCUGCUGUCGACAUGCCCACCCAUCAUUAGUUUGUCUCGCAAAACUCGCUGUCGAAUAUCCACUGUACCAUUUACUACUGCCAAUCACGCUUUGUCGUCCACCAACUCAUCCAGAAAGGCCUUCGAUAAUGCCAUAGGAACCCCAAAGUCUGAUAUCAGCCGUCGCGUCGGAAGGCUUGACGCGGUUUAUGUUGCGCAAGUUGUCGUGGUCCGACGCAAGGAUGUGGGUGAACCGGGUAAAGUCUUUUCUGUCAUCGCAUAUGAGCCGUCAAGCAAACGCGAGAUUGGCACCGUACUUGUGGAGUUGUCGAGCAUGAUGAUUGAUCGGUAUCCUAUACUGUACAUGUUGCAGACAUAUGGGUACCGAAUCCACGACAGCCAACUCAAGUCAACUCACGUCAUCUGGGUCCUCGCCAGAAUGAUAUCCGGCCGUCCCGCAGCUGUCGACCUCGAUGUCAAGCCCGCGCUCCUUCGCGGCGGCUCGCAGGACGGCUUCGCCCAUGGGAGAGCGGCAGAUAUUGCCCAGACACACGACGAGCACUUUCGCGACGGGUUCUUUGCUGCCGAUCGAUUGUCGACGCGUCAAUUAUCGGUGUCCAAACUAGUCCCCGAUAGCUCGACGUUGCCAUCUUGUCGACUGCGAACCGCCAUGCCUUCGCCACCCAUCGAACUCUUUCUCACUACAAUCGCGUCGCAGCCUGUCUUGCGACAACGUCAAGACUACAUACUUCGGACGCUUCAGGUCAAGAAGAUCCCGUAUACCUCCUACGACCUUGCAUCAGACGAGAAUGCAAAGCGAAGAUGGAGGCGAAAGGCACCUGCAGACAAACAACAGCUUCCCGGCAUGCUAGUAGGCGGCAAAUUCCCUGGACCGUUCUCGGAGUUUGAAGAAGCAGUCGAAUACGACGAACUCGACAUUUUCCUGCGGCUGAAGGAGUCCUGGGACCCCGACCUCGAUGGAGACGGUCCGGCCCUUGCCGCCGGACCUGUGGGUGUGCCAGGGGCGUACACCCCGCUUGAGAUGACGCCCGAGCCUCAGCGGUCGAAGAUCAUCGCCGCGCAGCAUCCCCCGUCUCCGCUCAAGGGCAAGAAACCGAUCCCGAUCAACAAGCGCGACGAUCUGUUCGACGUGAGCACCGAGCUGGAUGGAUUCGGGCUGCAAGGUGUACAUGUGUCCGAGAAAGAGUUGGCAGAUCUCGUCGCCGAACUUGGCUUGGACGGAGAUGAGGCUGGGGAUCUGGUCAAAGGGCUAAGUGGUGCACCUGCCAGUAAUUCCAGCACAGACAAGUUGAAACCAAAGGAGUCGGCGCCAGUCGAGCUCGCGAAGCCCGACACAAAGCCUGCCGAGGCGAAAGAGACGAUUUCUGAAGAACAAGCUGAGGACAAAGCAACGAUCCCCGCUGUACAAGCCAAAGAUUCGAACACAGCAUCCGUUGGAGAGAGCAAACCUUCGCAGUCGGUCACCGAAGAAAAAGCAGAACCAAAAGAAUGA